AUGGGGUUUCCAUCUCGAUGUUCCCUCCCCCCCGAUCAGUAUGAUGCUGUGUGUAUGGAAUUAGCCCAACUAGCGGCAGCCAUCACCGAGUUCGAAGCAGUUCGACUGUAUGUGAGGCCCGACGAACUCCAAUUGGCCGAGUCCCUCGUCACGACUUUUGUGAAAGACAGGUCAAAAAUCUCGAUCAUGCCGUGUCCAAUCAAUCACUGCUGGGUACGCGACACAGGUCCAGUCUAUGUGCACGACACGACAGGCGCAUUCCCAAAUCGACGCUUUGCAGUUAACUUCCGGUUCAAUGAAUGGGGUGGGAAGAAACCCCAAGACGAUGGAGUCUGCUGGGGUCAGCGAUGGCCCUUGAUGGAUGAGAAGGCACUACAGGAAAACACCGAUUUUGCGCGGUGGGUCAUCGAGCACGACCGUGAGCCCAGCCCUGUUACGCAGGUGGCGACUUCGAUACGCGCCGAGGGCGGCGGUCUUGUCACGGAUGGCGAAGGAACCCUGCUCAUCACGGAGAGUAGCAUUGUAUGUGAUGUGCGCAACCCAGGGAUGUCCAAGGCCGCGAUCGAGUCAGAGUUGAAGCGGGUGCUCGGGAUUGAAAAAGUGAUUUGGUUCCCUGGGCGUCGCAAUGUCGACAUUACCGACGUGCACAUGGAUGCCGAGGCGAGAUUCGUGCGCCCUGGUGUCAUCGUUUACUCCAAACCACACGCAAUGGCAAUUGACCUGUGGAAGGAGUUGUCGACGGAGAUUCGGGAGAUUCUAGACCGUGAGACAGACGCCAAGGGUCGGCGCUUGCGGAUUCAUACCAUUGAAGAGCCCGACUCACGAGGCUUGGUGAAAUCAGACCAGGAUGAACUCGCGGCGAGUUACGUGAACUUCUAUUUCGUAAAUGGAGGUCUGAUUAUCCCCAUGUUCGGUGACGGAGAACGGGAUCAAAAGGCUCUGGAAAUGUUUCAGGCGUUGCUCCCUGAGCGGGCGAUUCGGCAGGUGUAUGCCAACGCCAUCCCCCUUACUGGGGGAGUGCUUCACUGCGUCACCCAGCAGGUUCCUGCAAUGAAGUGA